CAUAAAAACAUUGACUGGAAAAAUGUUAGCAAGUAGUUGUGGCAUUCCACGAAGACUCGUGGCGUCGAAUUUCAUUUCGAUAAAAAAAAAUUGUUUACAAUACUCGAGCCUACCGAUUUUUCGAAAACAUUUGAUCGCUGACUCCACCCAUAAAGAAUUGAAAAUAUUCGAACGAUCAUCCCGCUACAUAACCCCAGUUGUUAGCAGCCCGUCAAUUGAAGCGUCAACUCACGUUUCCAACAGAACAAUGAGCGGAGAUAGUAACAAGCCGAAGAAUUUAAACUACGAGGAUAUUUUAGAAGCGCAGAAAAAAGAUGAAAUAUUGAUCAUUGACGUCAGAGAAGACGACGAGAUUCGUGAAACUGGAAAACUUCCUGGAAGCAUUCACAUACCAAUGGGAGAGGUCGCACGCGUUCUAACUACAGUUUCUAGUCAAGAUUUUAAAGAUAAAUAUAGUCAUGAAAAACCUAGUCAAGAUACUCAGAUUAUUUUGAGCUGCAGGUCGGGCAAAAGGAGUGCAAUGGUACAAGCAGAUUUGGAGAAAUUAGGAUACAAAAAUGCCUACAACUAUACAGGAGGUUGGCUUGAUUGGGAAAGUCAUCAAAAUGCAUAAUUUAUAUAGAAUAAUGGCAUAAAUAUGUAAUUUUAAACACCAA